UACAUCAACAACGUUCUUCAAGCACUGGUACCAGUCGACCACCCCCCAACCCAUUGCCAGUCUAGACGAGCAGAUACGCAACAUUGCAGAACAUGGCAACAGCAUACUACUUCGCGGCGCAUUUCAACACGUCCAGAACGCAUGCAACCGAUGCAUCGCCGUUCCCUGCAAGCACGCUGAAUACCAUCUCACCGUCAACGCUUAUCCCAGUCACGCACGAACCAACACAGACCCAGUCUCUUAUUCAUGUGGCACCAGAGAUAGCCGCAAGGAUGAGAGGUGUAACAAACCCACAACAAACCUCAAUCCUCUUCCGUCUCCCGGCAGAACUCCGAAACCAAAUCUACGAAGAGCUCCUCUGUCCAGACACACCGCACCACAAAGACCUCGCAACAUACUCUACGCCAUCCAGACCCCCAACGGUCUACCCAGCCAUCCUCCGAACCUGUCGCAAGAUCCACGAAGAAGCCCAGGAUCUCUUAUACACAACACACGUCUUCCACGCGCACCGCUCUCUCCUAAUUGCUCUACCACAUCUGAUCUUGCCCGAGAAACCAAUCUUGUCUCCAACCAGCAUCGCAAAAAUCGCGCGCUGGCAGCUUGAGCUACGCCUAGAUAUCGAUCCCCGGUUUUCCAACAGUCAAGCUACGGCUGCAUUCUCUGGUGCGGAGUUUCUCCAAGUAAAGGUUUGGCAGAGUAUGUUUGAUGGGGCGGAUAAUUCGGUCUUGAAAUUGUUUACUGGGGUUAGGGGAGUGGGUGUUGCGAAGGUUACAGGGUGUGACGAUGAGGGGUUGGCGAGGUGGUUGGAGAAGAGGAUGAUGAUGCCGAUUGAAGAGCAGGAGAAUAGGGAAAGAUGUUGUCAGUGUGGAAAGAAAUCAGAUGAGGAGAUGGAGUGGUUUGGUGUGGCUAGAGAUGCUUGGACGUUUGGGAACAGGUAGGGCGGAGGAUAGCGUUGAGUUGACUUUCGAUUCCGGCAUGAAGUAUUUUCCCUUUUCUGGAGUUCGUUACACUGGCAUUACUCACUCAGGCCGAAAAGUUUAGACUAUCGUGGUUCAAAAUGGAUAGGAUUUAGCUUCAAACCUACAGGCCUUUACAGCUUUCACACUGUGAUGUGACUAUCUUUCUUUUUGGGUGGGUAUCAAGUGUUAGAGAAUCGAAGUAUUGACAAAGGAAAUUCUAGAGUCUUGCCCUGAUUGGAUGAGUAGCAUGUCGAAUGCUGGCCCAGAGCCCUACGUUGGACCCUAGUGAUCUACCGCAACUCUUCCCUCUCGUCCUCUUCGUCGUCCUCGAUUUUGGCGCAAGGGAACGCGCACUUCAUUGAUCGUUGCUGCACAUGGUUAUUAGCAAUGCAGUU